AUGGGGAACACUUCUACAAAGGAACGCUCGAUGACGCCCCCGCACGGAGGCCAUCAUCAUCUCUCGUCUACAGCCCUUUCCUCGCGAAGGAACGGUGGCGGUAACAAUGGUGGGCCAUCGUCUUCCGGUCGCCUUUCGAGCACUCUGCUCUCUAGUGGGGGCGCUGGAAGCAGCGAGAGCUAUUCAACCAGGGGGAGGUCAAGGCAUAAUAUAGAGAGUUCACUGUUCGGACUAGGCCUGACAAGUAGAGAGACAAGGGAGCGGGAUAGGGAGGCCGAGAAGGAGGCAAGAGAGCAGAGGAAGAUAGAGCGAGAAAAGGAACGACUGAAAGAACGCGAGAGGAGUCUCAGAGAGGAAAGUGUAGAUGGGGGUUUCCUGGUCACGCAGGGAGUUUAUACUGGUGUCGAGGACUUUAAGGAUAAGAUUGUUCGACAUUUAAUGAUCGAACGACGGCUGGCACCUUUCUUCAAAGGGCUCGACGACCACGAGCCUGACUGGACUGACGCACAGCUUGUUGCUGCUGUCAAAGGAUUGCCCAUUCCUUCACCAGACGCACAAAUGCACACCGAGACAAAAUCUCGAUCUCCCACUUCUCGUUCCCGUGCGCAAUCGUAUACCUCUGAAGGCUCCAACAGGUCUGCUACCUCCACGCCAUCAUCAUUUGGGUUCUCUUCCAGGGCCAGGGCCAAAACUUUAUCAAUAUCAGCCCCGCGCAAUCCUACAUUGGCAAAUACAACUGGUCCUGCUGAGAUUAACGAGCCUUCUAGAACUGUCGAUGGUCGCCCUAUAGAGGCCGUGCUUUACAAAAAUGCAACAGAAUGUCCAAUUUGCUUUUUAUAUUACCCGCCAUAUUUAAAUAAAACAAGGUGUUGCGACCAGGACAUUUGCUCAGAAUGCUUUGUCCAAAUCAAGCGACCAGAUCCUCACCAUCCAGAGCACCAUGACGGGGAUCAGCCAACCGCGUCUGAUGAAAACGCUUUAACAGGUACGGCAGAUCAACUCAUUUCCGAGCCGGCAACUUGUCCCUUCUGCGUAGAGCCCGAGUUCGGUGUUAUAUAUACCCCACCGCCAUUUAGGCGGGGUUUGAUGUUUGCCAAUUCUCAAUCUCAAAACCAAACACCAUCUCCAAUGAAUUUUGGGUUCGCUGAUGGAUCCUCUUCAUCUCUACCGGGCCAUUAUUCGGGGACGCCUCCAUCUUUUCCGUCAAGUCCAAUUACACCUACAGGAAAGCGACGCUUAGCAUUAGGUGUAAAUAACCCUGAAGUUGUCACAACUGACCGCAUCCGACCCGACUGGUCCCAAAAGCUUGCCACAGCACGCUCUCAUGCUGCUAGACGAGCAGCAGCAGCAACCGCUUUACAUACAGCAGCAUAUCUUAUGGGUCCUCACAAUCCACCAGCCAGCUCAAGCAGUACCAGCGGUGGGUUCUCAUCGCGGCGAUUGAUCCGAAGAGCUGUGCGUGAUGGUGGAGGUAAUAACAAUCCCGGCGCAGAAAGUGACACCCCUUCGCCGGCUCAAAGUGGAACUGGCACUCCUAGAGAUGGCCAGCAUGGCGCCGGGGGAUUAACUAGUUUGACAAGCUUCACGGAAAGAUUAACAGGCUCGGGAAAUUUCCGAGAUGGAUCCACAUUAGGGCCCUCAAGUGCCCAUCGUGAUAACUUGUUCAAUGAGCGAAGGAGUCGUGUGAUCGAUCUGGAGGAAAUGAUGUUGAUGGAGGCUAUCCGUCUUUCUCUUGCGGAAGAGGAAGAACGGAAGAGGAAAGUCGAACUGGAAGAGCAGAAAAAGCGUCUUGCCGCCCCUAGCAUUUCUACUAGAAAUGUGUCAAAUAUUUCUCUCGCCAGUAGCAGUGGUAGUGUCGAAGGUAAGGGUAAAAGUGUCGAUCGAUCUUUAUAUCCGCAGGCCAGCGCUGCCGGCGCUUCAUCUUCUUCAGCAGUAACUACCAACUCUCGCCCUCAACUUACAAGCGGGGGGUCAGGAUCCGGAUCCGGAGCUAGUGACACAAGUAGCUUUAGGAGCCUCCCGGCGAGCGACGAUGAAGGGAUGACCUCCGAAAAUGCGGGGAGUGGAACAGAGACAAUGUUCAACUUUCGCAGUUUGGCGGAGAUGAUUGUUGAGGAGGAGGGAGGGAGGGUUGACGUCGACGGACAGGGCAAAUUUGUAGGGGUGUCGAGGGACGAUGAGAGAGAGGGUAAAGAAGACGCCGAGACUGCUGAACACGUCGAAGAUGUUGCCCAUGAUUUGAGGGCAAACCAGAAGAACGUUACGGAGAGAGCAACCGAAGCUUAA